AUGCAAAUGAGAUCAGUUAGAGCUGCUCUUCACAUUCUCUCUGUAUCGCUCACUUUUAAUCAUCAAAACCAUUUGCAUCCAAGAACCCGAACAAAGACAUUUCCUCAUGACUUGAGCUGCGAGACUCGACCUCAAAUCAUGACAAUGAGCUUCUUUGGAAAACUGAAGAACCUACACAGUGGACCUCCAGCUCCUCCCAGAAGAACAGAUGACAAUGCAGGAUGGCCACAGGAUGAGUUUGAUGAUGAUGAUGGUGACAUGUAUGAAGCGCCUCCCUGUGAGCGUCCAGCUGUGAAAGUGCCACAGAGACAAGUGGAGGAGAACGUUUACCUGGAGAGGACAUCUAAUCCUGCUGUCCCACAGAGGCAGGCUGCUCCUCCGCCCAGACCAGUCAAAUUCUCGAAACCUCAACAACAUGCUGAUUUCUACUACGAAUCCCCCAACACCAAGAAACCACCUGAGGUGGACAGAAAUGAGAAGCCCGGAAGAAAGAAGAUGAUGCCUCCUCCACCAGUCCGCUCUGCUCCUGCUCCGGUCUCUGUGCCCAACACAGAGGAAGAUGUGUAUUUGGAUCCAAAUGAAGAGCAGGAAGAUAAUGACGACCUGUAUUUAGAGCCCACAGCUGCCUGCCCUCCUCCUGCCCCUCGUGCACCAACGAGAAUGCCUCCCAAAACAGUGACUGUACCUUCUCCCAAACCCAUGAUGAAACCUCCAGUUCCCAGAGCUAAGUCUAAUUCACUCUUGCCUUCCUUGAAUGAGGUAAAAGCAGCUCCUUCGUUUGAAGCAAGACGUGCCACAUUUCCAACCAAACUCCCUGUACCAACUCCCAGUGUUAAGCCCCCCCCAAACCUGAAGGAAUCCAAACCCAGCCCUCCAAAUCCUCCUAUGGUAGCCACUAAGCCUGUGGCCUCCCUUGGUGGUAUGAGGGCAACUAAACAAUCUGGGAAUGAGGACAAACAGUGGUUUGCUGGAGAUUGCAAUAGGAAGACAGCUGAGGAUCUCUUACUGAAGGUCAACAAGGAUGGUGCCUUUCUCAUCCGACACAGCUCAGCCCAGAGCACCCGGCAGCCGUACACCCUCGCCGUGCUCUACCAGCAGAAGGUGUACAACAUUCCCAUCCGCUUCCUGGAGGAGACACGAGGUUACGCCCUGGGAAAAGAGGGCAAGAAGAAUGAAGAGAUGUUCGGCACCCUAGACGAGAUGAUUUCCCAUCACAAGAAUAACCAGCUGUUUCUGAUAGACAGCAAGAGCCAAGCCAAGCACACAGCGUAUUUAACCCACCCUGUACGCCCUUAAAACUACACUACUAAGAGCUUCAUAUGGGUUAUACGAGGAUAAUUGCACAGUUUGAAAGUUUCCCACUUGGAAAAGAUUGUAGGUCUUCUGUGUGUCAUCUAAUUACAACUCUAUGAAAUCAGCUAUACAGCUAAAGUACAGAUUGAAAUAGACAAUGCAAACGUUGAUGCACUGAAAACUUAGCAGAGAUUAUGUAAAUGAAAGCAACGGUUGGUCCAAGAACACUUUAACCCCAAAACUCAAAGAUAAGCAGAGAUCGUAAUUGAUUUUCCUUUUUUGUGCCAUGUCAUCGUUUUAGCAAUAAUUGCACAAGGUUAACUGUUCUCUAGUCAAAAGGAAAACGUGUCACUGUAUUGCUGUAACAGUCUUGAUGUUUCUCAAAAUUAUGACUAUGCUGUCAGACCACUGUAUUUCACUAACUUUUAAACAUACAAACGUAUAUAUUUAUGCUGUUUUACAUCAUCAGAACCUCUGAACAUGCAGCUAAAAUUUUGACAAUUUUUCCCCUCCUGCUCAUUUCCGCUGUUAUGGUCGUAUGUGAUGAACCGUUGAGAUAAAUGUCUCCAUGAAUCAGUAAUGUUUAUUUUAGUACAGAUUUGAUAUCUUUUCCCUAGUUUAGUUUGAUGGUUUGUGUCUUUUCAGUGUGAUAUUGUAGAUAUUGUGCAAUACAGACCCAAAGUC